UGCUUAUUUCGACUCAUCGAUCGCUCUAGUUUAUUGACUACUGUAAUCGACGAAGGCAAGGAUGCUAGGGAUUUUCCACACCGCCGUGGCCCAGGCCCCGGAGGAGCUCCACAGCCCGGCCGUGCCGCCGAGUCUCGGCGCCUCCCUCCGGCGGCCUAAGAACCAAGACGACAUUCUAAAGGACUUCCAUGCCGCCCACUCCGGCCACUCCUUCUCCGUCUCCUUCGCUGCUGGCGCCGCACUUUCCUUCGUUUCCAUUCACUCCCCUCGCACCUCCUUCCGCCAGAGGUUGUUCUGUGGCUUCGACGAUGUGUACUGUACGUUCGCGGGGAGCCUACACAACCUGAGCUCGCUAAUUCGGCAGUACGGCCUGUGCAGCAAGACCACCAACGACGCGUUGCUGGUAAUCGAAGCCUAUCGCACGCUGCGCGACCGCGGGCCUUACCCCGCGGACCAGGUCGUCAAGGACCUCAGUGGCUCCUUCGCCUUCAUCGUCUACGACGACAAGGCCGGCUCCGUCUUUGCCGCUCUGAGCUCGGAUGGAGGAGUUCCUCUAUUUUGGGGCAUUGCGGCUGAUGGAUCCGUGGUGAUCUGCGAUGACCUGGACGUCGUCAAGGCGAGCUGUGGGAAAUCAUAUGCUCCAUUUCCGACCGGGUGCAUGUUCCACAGUGAGGGAGGGUUGAGGAGCUUCGAGCAUCCGCUGAACAAGAUGAAGGCAAUGCCGAGGGUGGACAGCGAGGGGGUGAUAUGCGGGGCGAGCUUCAAGGUGGACACUUACUCCAGGAUCAACUCCAUGCCCAGGGUUGGAAGUGCUGCGGACUGGACUUCAUGGCAAGGAUCUUGCUGAAACACGCUUACAAACUCCUUUCUCGCUUUGUUGCCGAUGUCCUUGCAAAUUUCUAUAAUAAGCCCUUAAUUUGGAAAAAUCUCAGAUCGGGCACUGUACCUUUUGGUCACAAAUAUUUAGAAACCUACUGUAUAUGACCAUUUCAUGAUAAAAAGAAUUGGUUUAAUCUAAAAAAGACAAACUGUAGGUAAAGUAAAU